AUGGUUGCGAAGAUCCUUGGUGGUGGUGGUGGGGGCCAGGGUAAGCCGCUGCUUCAGAUAAUACCAGACAACGAUGUCAUCCUUCUUCAAGGCCGCGAAUCCGAAGCCCCGGCAGCGACCGUCACGGGCAAACUCGUCCUCGAUACGCCAGACGACAUCAAUGUGAGGGCCAUCAGAAUCAGGCUGGAGGGCGUGCAGAAGAUCGCGUACGGUACCAUGCCAUCCAUACGGCCUGCGGAGCAGACUGGAUGGGCAAGCGAGCUACUUGAGGCAGAUCACACUUCUGUGAGGGGCUUGAAAUUGUUCGGAGCAGCAUAA